AGUAAUUAUUGAAGUUUGGAACAGCAGUUGGCGAAAAUAAUCUCAACACAAGGUCCACGAGUAACUGUUCUGAGCUUUCAUUUGUAUCACACAAUUUUCUUAAACAGAGGAUUUGUUUCCCAGUUGGCAGGAACUUGUUUUCAUUUUUCAACUUUAAAAUGAUAUCGACAAGAAUACCUUAAAUUUCUCAGAAAGACGACAAUUCUAUGUCAAACUGGGCAAGCUUUGUGCGUUGAGAAAAGUUGUGUGAAAAAAUCGAAAGCUCCAGUAAUCACACAGCAUUUCAGUUUAUUUUAGUCUUGUGUCUCAUUAAUCAAAUGUACAAUGUUUAUUUUUGGUGAGCCUUGUUCACCUCUGACCCCUGAUGACAUUAGUGAGAGUAUUUCAAUCACAUUCAUAUAUAAUUAAAAUAACACUACGAUUUUGUGGACAGCUCUCCCCUCCUUAUGUGCUCCUUACAUUUGAAAAACAACUGUGGUCAUCUUUAAAGAGUUUUAUAAUUUGUUGACAACAUGUUGUUUAAAAAUAUAUACAUAAUUAAAUCAAGUAAUUACUAUGAAUUAAUCCGGGUUUUACCGAGAUUACGAUUCAUUUCAAUAAGAUUUGUUGUAAUUUAAGAAAGGAAUCCACAGUUGAAACUCCUAAAGGUGUCACCUUCACCACCUUGAUUAAGGUGUCUGAGAGCUGACGGCUAUCUGAACGAUGAUCCGCUGACCCCGGAGAAAAUGAGGGGAUCAACACUUCUAAGAAUGACUAAUAACGUAUUAAGAUAUGCCAACUUUAUAACAUGGCUUUUCAGAACGUGAUGGGAUACAGAAUAUGGUUGCCCUUUUGAGAUGAAUGUAUAGCGGUGUGUUCUGGGCCUUUUUGCUAUAGUUAACUAUGUUCUUAGUUAAGUUUCCAUUUUAAUUCAGAAUUGUUAUCUUAAAGAUUGUCAUUGUCUGAAAAUGUAUGUUAUUCUAAUUCUUAAUCUUUGCUCUUUCCUCCGCAGAAGAAAAAGAAGCUUGGGUUUUAAGGGCAGCUCUGAGAGGUCUGGCCAUUUGGUGUCAUGUUGAAUAAACACAAAGGUGCUGGAGAUUUCUGAAGGGAGGCUCAGGCCCCCACGCUGAUCCUGUUUAUGUGUUUGGGCCGGGUUUUGUUUUAAGUCAGAGGUGCUAAACACCUUCCCCCUGAGAUAAAAGAUGAUUAAUGCCUUUGAAUGAGCGUCGCUUUACUGGCUCUAGGCUACUUAAGCCCUUCAUUAGGGUGAGCUCGAGCCGGUCGACACACUCGAGCCACUGGGUCCCUCGCGGCUGAAACAGAAACACUGGAGAGAUUUCCUUUGAAGUGAGCUCUGCUUGUAAGAACUCCAUCCCACAAAGCAUUCAGCAUGGAAAUUUGAUUAGCUCUCACUUUUAUUUGACCCCACACCACUCUGGGAGCUGGUUCUCAGGUGACAUUUGAGGCUAAAGCUUGAUCCCAUAUAAAUAUCAGAGGCAGCAGGGAGCAGAGGGACACUCAGUAUUUGGCAGCUGAGGAGCAGAUUGGGACUAAAGCCAUGGAUGUAUCCGGGCCAUUUCUUCUCCUCCUGUGUGUCCUCCACCUGACCUGGACUGGAGUGUUGAGCAAACACAUAGAUCAUAGAAACCUGUUCACACAAAGACUGUGCUGCAAAAGACAGAGCCACUACGUCUACAUUGGACAAGACAUCUCUGGGAGUCCUGUCAGUGUUGAUGUGGGGCUGUGCAGGUCGCAUUGUGGGGGAGCAUCCAGACCAUCACAUGAAGCAGGACAGCAGGAAUACUCCAAACAUUCCUCAAUGCUGGAAUUCCUCAGGAGCAAGAAAAUGAGGCCGCGCGGACCCGCCGCUCCAGACAGCGCGCCGCCGCUGAGCCAGCUGCCCACCUGCGGGAUGAACCAGAUGUGUGAGCCGACCGGCAUGCGUGUGGACCGGGUGCUUCUUCUCGAGGGACCGCGGGAGGUGGAGGUCAUCCAGGAGUGCCAAUGUGAGAUCAAGCUGACUCAGUGCAUCCGGGUCCCGGCACUGAGGACCUACCACUCCGAGACGCCGUACGAGACAGUCGUCGACGUGGGAGGAUGCUCCGGGUCCAAGGGCUCACCAGAGGGAUUCUCAUGUGUCCCCACUAAGUUUGACUCGGCCUCGGUGGAAACCCCCAACAAAGUGGACCUAAUCCAGACAGUGGCGGCCUGUGAGCUGAAGGAAAGCUGCUACAGGGUCCCAUACGUGGAGUAUUACUAUGAAACAGUCCACCAUGCAGAUGGAGUAAAAGAGGAGAGGCUCAAAGAAAUAGAUGUGGGCAGAUGUUUGGGAGGCUGCACUACAGGAAACCGAUGCCUUCUCAGGAAUCAAUCUGAACCUGCAAUCUGCCACUUAUGGGCUGAAAGACAGUCCAGCUCAUGCGCUCCUCACGGCUACGAGAGCCACAGGUUCCUCAACCAGCAUGGCCAGAUACGCACUGUCCUCUCCAUCACUUCCUGUCUUUGCCAAAACUGAACACGGCGCCCCCUACUGGAAAACAACUUUUAAUCUCUUCUCUUGAGUUGAGAAGUUAGAAUUCACAGCCCAUUGAUGACCCCACCACUACUAAAACACGUGUUUAAGAAUUUGAAUCCCUAAAGUAUUAUUGUAUUAUAUGUAAUAUAUGUCAAAAUGAUUAUUUUGUAAAUAAAUUUAACACAACGAUGUGUGAGGACAACUGCAUAAUAAAACUUAAAACAUU